GUGAGCUCACCAACAACAAUGCCUGCUCACCCAGGGGAAGAAUGGUUCACUCCAAUACGGUUUCCCUUCCAGAGGCAAGGGACAUUGACGCCAGUCUCUGCUGCCUCUUUACGGGGCUGCUGAACCUUUCCAAGAGGCCGGCAAUGGAGAACAUCUCCAUGGCGAACGUUUCCCUGGGCUCCCGUUCACCCCCGGAGCCAGUCACAGCGACAGCGGAGGCCCCGGAGAGCCUGCAGGGUGUCAGCCUACCUCUGCAGGUCUUCUUCUGCUUCGUCAUGGUUGCCAUCCUGCUGGUGGCUCUGUUGGGAAAUGUGGUAGUGUGCCUGAUGGUGUACCAGAGAUCUGCCAUGCGCUCAGCCAUCAACAUCCUCCUGGCAAGCCUGGCGUUUGCAGACAUGAUGCUGGCCAUCCUGAACAUGCCCUUUGCUCUGGUUACUGUUGUGACCACCAACUGGAUUUUCGGAGACCUUUUCUGUCGAGUGUCAGCCAUGCUCUUUUGGUUCUUUGUGAUGGAAGGCGUGGCUGUACUGCUUAUAAUAAGCAUAGAUCGCUUUCUCAUUAUUGUCCAGAAGCAAGAUAAGCUGAGCCCACAGAGAGCUAAAGUGCUUAUAGUGGUCACAUGGGGACUGUCUUUCAUUUUCUCUUUCCCCCUGGCUGUAGGUUCCCCUGCCCUUCAGAUCCCUCCACGGGCCCCUCAGUGUGUAUUUGGAUACAGCAUUGAGCCCGGCUACCAUGCCUAUGUAUUGAUCCUAAUGCUAGUCUUCUUCUUCAUGCCUUUCAUGGUCAUGCUGUACACGUUCAUGGGGAUCCUGAACACCAUCCGCCACAACGCCAUCCGCAUCCACAGCCACCCAGACAGCAUCUGUCUGAGCCAGGCCAGCAAACUGGGCCUGCUGAGCCUCCAGAGGCCCUUCCAAAUGAACAUAGACAUGAGCUUUAAGACCCGUGCCUUCACCACCAUCCUCAUCCUCUUCUCCGUGUUUACAGUGUGCUGGGCACCUUUCACUGCGUACAGUCUGGUCACUACCUUUAGCGAUGGGUUCUACCAUAAAGACAGCUUUUUUCAAAUCAGCACAUGGGUCCUGUGGUUGUGCUACCUCAAGUCAGCCCUCAACCCUCUCAUUUACUACUGGCGGAUCAAGAAGUUCCGCGACGCCUGCCUUGACCUGAUGCCCAAGUACUUCAAGUUUCUUCCUCAACUGCCGGGAAACACGAAGAGGCGCAUACAGCCGAGCGCAGUGUAUGUGUGCGGAGAGCAUCGCUCUGUGGUUUAA